AUGUCCGAUGACUGGUGCAGGAAUGCGGCAUUGAGAUCAUCAGUAUCCACAUCCACUUUGAUAUGCCUGGACAAAUACCUGAUAGCUGAAGCAUUACUUUCUAUUUGUUUUCGUCAAAUGACCAAAGCUGAUCUCCCUCAGGCCUGGGAACUGCUUAGCAAGUUCCUGGAACAGUACAAACUCCAUCCCAUAUUUUCAAAAGAAGAUUUCGAGCAUUACUUUACUCCUCAGGAUGAUAUUGUUAAUUCGUUUGUCGUUCAGAAUGAAGAAGGUGUCAUCACCGAUUUCUGCUCUUACUACGUCCUUCCCAGUUCGGUGAUGAAAUGCAAACAGCACUCGACAUUGCGUGCUGCCUAUUCAUUCUACAACGCGGCCACCGUAACCCCAUGGCCUGCUCUGAUUCAAGAUAUGCUAAUCAUGGCCAAACAGCUUAAGUUCGAUGUUUUCAAUGCCCUGGAUCUGAUGGAGAAUAAAAAGUUCUUGGAGGAGUUGAAGUUCGGGAUCGGGGACGGAAAUUUGCAUUACUAUCUAUACAAUUGGCGUUGCCCGUCAGCCCAACCCUCCGAGGUAAGCGUGUGUGUGUGUGUAUAUGUGUAA